AUGUCAGAUGCUGAAGACAGUACACGGAAUGCUGGGGCGAGCCGGGGAACGAAGAGGCGUAAGCUAGUCGCCUGCGACAUGUGCCGCAGACGCAAGAUCAAAUGUGACGAGAAGCUUGCCAGUACCGGGAAGUGCUCGAACUGCUCUACUUUUGACUGGAAUUGCACAUACGCACAUGCACCAUCUAGGCUCUUCGCACCUGGCUAUGUCGAGGUUCUGGAGCUCAAGAUACAGAAGCUAGAGGCUCUCAUUGAGCGGGUCCUUCCUGGUCGUGACUUCUCAAGCGAAGUUGGCUUCAAGUUAACAAGAACAAACUGGAUGGAACCUGGUGUACUCGGUGAUUCUGUCUCGUCCGGGAUCUCUUCACCCAGCACGUUCGUCACCCUGUCAUCUGGCAUCCCAUCGAACGACACACCACUACAGCAAUCUGGAGGCUCUGAUGGCUCUGAUGACGAAGAGGGCGACCUUUUGACAAAGUUACAGCAUCUCUCACUCACUGGUCCGGCGAUCAUCCGCUCCUGGGGCUUCUCUAACUAUCUUGGGAGGUCGUCCGCUGCGGGAAUGGUUCUGGCCGCCUCCAAGCUUCUCAGGCAGUUGCGUGGUCCAUCCGAAGGGUCAGGCUUCCACCUUGAGACGACACCGAAGUGGGUGUCUACCUAUAUUUUAGAGCAAGAGAGCACUACGGCCCAUUUCUUCCCCGCGCCAGACCUUCUAUAUCAGCUUAUUGACCUCUAUUUCCGCUACAUGAACGUGUUUACACCAAUACUGCAUCGCCCCACGUUUGAGCGGGAGCUUUCUACCGACAUGCACCUACGCAACAAAGCCUUUGGAGGCGUCACUCUCCUAGUCUGCGCUCUCGGCGCUCUAGUGUCCAAGGAUCCGCGUGUUCUUAUUCCAGAUGAUGGGGACGCUUGGCAUUCCGCCGGAUGGGCCUGGUUUAGACAGGUUCAGGUGAUGGACAGAUCAUUCGUCGGCGGCGAGAAACUCUAUGGUCUGCAGAUUGCCGCCUUGGCUACGUUAUUCAUGGCGCGGACCUUUUCGCCAGUGCACGCCUGGAUGUUUGCCGGUUUCGGGGUACGUCUAGCCCAGAACGUUGGUGCACAUAGAAGACGGGCAUAUGGAAGCACCAUCACUGCUCAGGAUGAGCAAUACAGACGAGUGACUUGGGUUCUAUUCAGGCUCGAUCUUCUCCUGAGCAAAGGCUUGGGCAGACCUUGCAACAUACAAGAAGAUGAAUUCGAUCUUUCGUUGCCGCAAUGCUGUGAUGACGAGUAUUGGAUGCACGAAGAUCCGAAAAAGGCGUUCAAACAGCCAGAGGGCCGGCCUUCCUACAUGUCUUACUUCAUCUGUACCAUCAAGUUAUCGCAGAUAAUGCAUCUUGCGCUUCGCACUGUCUACGCGAACGCAAGGACGAGGGCGCGCUCGGGCUUCACUGGCAAGGAAUGGCUAUUGGAAACUAUCUCUCGCUUAGACUCUCUUCUGAAUGAGUGGUCAGAUUCCGUGCCAGAUCAUCUGCGUGAUCCCAGUCGUGCCGACGGGCUAUUCUUCCUUCAGUCAAUUGGACUAUGGCUCUUCUAUCAUGAGAUGAGAAUAGUCAUUCACAGACCCUUCAUCAUACCUUUCGACGACGCAUCGAAGCCGUUCCCCGCGUUCGCAACCUGCGUCAAUGCCUCGCGGUCGUUAGUCAGCCUGAUGACAUCACUGGAGGAUAGGGAGCCCGAUCAAAUCCUCAUCUUACCAGCCGAGGCCAUCUGUAACGCUGCUGUUCUCUCCGUGAUAGCCGUCGCAGCACAUAAACUACGAAAGAUGGCCCUCGACGUCGAACAUGCUCAGCGAGAUGCCACAGCAUGUUUAGCCUUUCUUGAGAACAAAGUCCAUCGGUGGCGCUGGGGAGCCCGAUUCCUCGCUGUAUUCAGACCACUCAUGGCUGUAUUUGAUACGCCCGACGCAUCCGAUGCUCCAUCUGGGCUUCUGUGGGAUCCAGAGGAAGUUUCGAGCUGGCUUCCUGCAGCGACAGGCAGAAAGGAUUCUACUCUGUCUAAUGAAUCUACCGAAAACCUCGAGAGUGGACAUCCCGAGGCCGAAUUCAACAUCACGAGCAAUUUUGACGCUUUCUCCGAUAUGAACUGGGAUGUGGACUGGGCUCUACUGGCGAAUGCCCCUCCCGGAUAUGACAUGGACAGGUUGGACUCUAUCACAGCCUUCGACGAACCACAAGACUAUCUUCAUUCCGCGCAACAGCUUGUUUUGGAUCCAGCUUCUGAGGCGAGAUAUUUGGUCAGCGAAGGAGCGAACUCCGGGGACAUCUCAACCUUACUGCCGCCACGAAACACCUUGUCAAGUGCUGCGAGCGAUGUCGUAGGUCCAACAUCAGCCUCGCUCGGCGAAAGACUUGAUGAUAGCAUACCGGAAUGGCCCGUUUAG